CAAAACACAAGAAGAAUCCUAUUUUCUUUACAUAUAAACAACUUCUUGACAAUACACAGCAAAAGAGGAUAUCAUUUACGUACUGUACUAUCAAAUAUUAUUCAGCAAAGCAACAGAAGAUGUCUCUUUAUCCAUCCCUAGAAGAUAUGAAGGUGGACCAGAUGGCUCAGGCUCAGCGGUCAUAUGAGCAGCCACAGGUCACAUACCCAGCCCAAGGGGGAGCCCAGCCUGGCUAUCCCCCAGCACCCCAGCAGGCACCCCGGGGAUCGUCUCCCAGUCUGUACCCAACCCUAGAUGAAUACAUGGGACUCCAACUUACACCACAGUUUGUGCAGCAGAAUCUCCCUGAAUAUAACCAAGUGGCCAUUCCCCAGAACCAGCCCAGCAACAUGAUGGUGGCUCCAGUGAGUGGGAAUGAUGUUGGAAUCCGCAGGGCUGAGAUUAAACAGGGUCUCAGAGAAGUUGUGGCCUGUAAGGAUGCAGAUGGCAAGAUUGGCCUGAGAAUUAGACAUGUCAACAAUGGUCUGUUUGUGGCGUUGGUUCAGAAGGACUCCCCGGCGGCCCUGGCAGGUCUCAGGUUCGGGGACCAAAUCCUGCAGAUCAAUGGCCAGAGUGUGGCGGGCUGGGACACAGACAAGGCACACAAGGUUCUCAAGGCUGCCAGCGGGGACAGGAUUAGCUUUGCUGUUCGGGACAGGCCAUUUGAGCGAACAAUCACCAUGCAGAAGGACAGCAAUGGAUAUAUAGGGUUUGUUUUCAAGGAUGGCAAAAUCAAGUCCCUGGUCAAAGAUUCAUCUGCCGCUCGCAAUGGAGUGCUGACAGAACACAACCUUAUUGAGGUUAAUGGACAGAAUGUCGUCGGAGUAAAGGACUCGGUAACCAGCGAGAUUAUUGAUCGCAGUCCACGGACCGUUACCAUAACUGUCAUGCCUUCUGUCAUCUAUGAACACAUUGUCAAAUGUAUGGGCAACAGUAUUGUGAAGAAACUCAUGGAUCACUCCAUCCCGGACCUGUAAAGUAAACGAGGGGCCACACUUUUUGUACAGAUGUAUGAUGUUGUAGUCGCUCCUUGCGUACACAUCUCUCGACCUGGAUUUUGCCUUUCUUGUAUGAAAGCCAGAGAAUGAGCUAGACCAGACUGUGAUCUGUUUAGACAAUACACCAAUAACUUGCAUUCUCCUUAUAUGCAUAAUUAUGACUCUAUAGUGGACACCAUUCGUGUUAAACUUACAUAAAAAUGAUAUGUCUUGAUUCAUGGUUCUUUAUGUAACCUAAAUGAACUCAUGUGUCAUUAAUAACUUGUCUUAAUAAGAUUUUCAAAAUUUAGUUUUGGUUUCUUAUAUUAUAAAAAUGCAGUUAUUUACAUAUCAUACAGUAAAUGAGAGAAUUUUGCAUUAACUAAUUUUUUUUUAAAAUAGAUGUAUGUACCCUUUAACUUAUUCUUCAAAGAAAAUGAAAGUGGAUGUAAACUUUCUUCUUGCUAUGAUUAUCAAACAAAUCAUAACUUGAAAUGAUUCUGUAACCCAUUAAAAAUGUGGAUGUAUCCUAGUUGUUUCUUUUGCAUGCCUAUAUUGUUAAUGUUGUACAGGUAGUUUUUUUGUGUUAUAUUAUAAUAUUAUGAUUUUAGUACUUUGUGUCUUUGUUUUUAUGUAUUUUAAUAAUUCUCCAUGUAACAUCAAGCCUCAUGUUCAUCAGCUUGGCUUUUCCAGCUUUUUAUUACAAACUCACAAUUUCUCAGUACCAUUGAUAGGUUUGUUUCAAAACCAAAUGAUUGAAUUGAUGACUUUUAUUUGUCAAGCAUUCCAUGUUUGAACGAUUUCUAAGAAUAUUUCGUUGUAGAAGAGACAUAAAAUCCAAAACACCACAGAUUAUUCUACAAUAAUUCUUAUGCUUUGUAAAUGCAAUUGAGAUAUGUAACAUGAAACCAUAGAAUUGCAGUGCUACGCUAACUAAUGCUUAUUGUUAAAAACCUGACUUUUUUGUUUCAUUUAAUUAAUAAAUCACAUUUAUGUGCUGUGGAAGAUAAAAAUUGUUUUCGAUUUAAUGUUUACUCCACUCUAAAUUAAAAAUUUCAAUGUACAAGAUACAAGAUACAAGAAUCUUUAUUUAAAGUUGGGUUUGUCCAAUCUUUGUAUGUUAUCAAUCAAUGUGUUCCGAUUCUACUCAAUGUUUUAUAUGCUAUGAUGAUAAAAAUGUACUGAAAGUUGAGAUUUAAAAUUCUUGAAAUCUGGGUAGCCUUUGUGCAUUUGACUUUUCAUUAGUGAUUGCUGAUGAUUGUUAUGUUAUUAAAUGGUCAUUUACUGAUAAAUCA